AUGGUCCAACUGGCAGUGGGGAAGGCGCGGUCAGUGCCUAGCACCUAUAGUCAGUGCAUGAACUCGUUGGUCAGGCGUCCGCUAGCGCUAGUUAACGCCGGCUUCUCGCUCAAGCUGGCGGAGAACGCCCGACAAAAUCAGUCUAUGGUGGGCCACCAGCACAAUCAGCCGGACCCCAUUACUCUCCUUCUGGUUGAGGGGCCCCAGCAGUACGAGUUUGCUGUGAAGCUGGGGGAUCGGCAAAGGGCCCAUGAUGGCCUGGUGGGAUAUUUUAAGCCCAGCAAAUCCCCCUAUCUGAAUGAUAAGCUCAACCUUAGUAAGAUCUACACGCCCCUUCUUGAUACAAAGGCCGGUGAUGAGACAUGGGUGAAGCCCAUCACCAGAAAGAGAUUACUCUGGCUAAAACCAUUCUGGUUAGACCCCGCUGCGGAACGCAUAGAUGACGAUGAUGAUGCAGCCAGGAAAUAUAUCCGCGCCUGA